GUGGGCGAAGCUACCCGUGACGUUUGUCCGCUCUACCCAAUGGGAAGGAGGAACGGAUUGGAAGGCGGGCCGGCGCGCUCUGUCUCUUGGUGUGAGCGGCAGCCGCUAGGCAAGGGCGGCGAUGAGCGGUUCUUUGUGCUGGCUGCGCGCGGCCUCGCUGUUGCGUAGCGCCCCGCUGCGUUGGGGCGUGCGCCCCUUCAGCCAGGCCGCGGCCGGGGCCGGCUCCUCCCCUGGCGGGGGCGGCGAGGGAGACCGGGGGUCGCGGGAGUCGGUGGAGCGCCUGGUGCGGGCGCACCCCGUGGUCGUGUUCAUGAAGGGCAACCCGGCCCAGCCCCUGUGCGGCUUCAGCAACGCCGUGGUGCAGAUCCUGCGCCUCCACGGGGUGCAGGACUACCAGGCCUACGACGUGCUGCAGGACCCCGACCUCCGGCAAGGAAUUAAAAACUACUCCAACUGGCCUACCAUCCCGCAAGUAUACCUUAACGGUGAAUUUGUUGGUGGCUGUGACAUACUCCUUCAGAUGCAUCAGAAUGGAGACCUAGUGGAAGAACUUAAGAAGUUGGGAAUCCGCUCUGCACUUCUGGAUGCAGAAAAAGACCAAGACACAAAAUAAAACAAGCAAGAUAUUUCAUUUUAAAAGAUGCUGGGACUAUGAUAAACAAGAUCUUACACAAUUACUUAUGACCAGAAAAGCCUUAUGGAUUAUCUGAAAGGAGGCAUUUUUUUGAACUGACACUGUUUGUCUAUCAGAAAACAAAUAGCUCAUGGUACAGUAUUUCUGGUAUUUUGGUUUAAGGGUGUUCUGUUGUGAAAAUUUGAUUAUAACCACUGCACUGUAAUUCAAAUGUCUGUGGAACUGAAGUAGACAAGCGGACUACUUUACUUGUGUUAAUUCUUCUUGCCUGAGGCAGGAGUAAAUGAAAGAUUGUAGAAAAUUAUUUUUAUGGCUCUUCUGUGUAUAUCACUUGGUUUGUGCUUUGAUAUAUAAACCUAUGUAGAUAGUGUCCUUAGCUUUUUUGCUGUUCUUGAAAAAGCUAUCAAAUAACCGCUAUCAUUCUGUGAAACACUUGAACAUAGGAUUUCUUGGGAACCUGUAAACUUGUGCACUUAUGUAACCUACAAAUCUUUUUCUAACAAACUAGAAGAAAAUAGUGAGGAGUGAUCUACUACAGGUGAAAAUAAAUACACUAACAAAAACUAAUUAUCUUGUGGUUGUUAUUGCUUUGUUUCCCAAAUUGUAGGUUGUGAUUAAAAGGGUUUAAAGCCAUUUUCUAUUCUCCCUCUGCCAAAAAUGGCCUCAGUUGUUACGCUUAAUCAAAUUUCACUCUCCAUUAUCAGUGUUCAGAUAUGGACAUUCUGUAACUUUUUUCCUUCUGGACAAGAGAGGGGAAUAACUUUGAAACCAUGAAUGUAAUCUUGUAGUAGUACUUGUAAGCAGCUUCACUCCUUAGCUUUACAUUGACAAAGAUUCAUUCCUACUUGACUGCUGUGCCACAAGGGUGUGGUCUUUAAAUAUGAAAUAAAAGAAACAGUUCAUUUG